GGGAGGGAGGCGGAGCGCGGUGCAUGAUGGGACGCGAGUGUAAUCUCCAUCAGCCGCCUACUGACCCCUGACAGCGAACACGGAAGCAGCAUGGCGUCAAACAGCAGCAGCAGCGCGCAGCAGAGACUCAGGAUCAUAGCCGGACACUUGCAGAAACGGCCAGAAGAUGAAAACGCGGGCGUCGCUCCGCAGGAGUGUAAAGCCGAGGCGCCCCGGUCCGAGCCGAGCAGCACCACACCGGUACCGAGGAGGAGACAGGAAAUCAUGAAGUGGAAUGGCUGGGGUUACAGUGACUCGAGGUUCCUCUUCAAUAAAAAAGGUCAAGCAGAGUUCACGGGGAAACGGUAUCGGUUGAGUGGGCUGAUUUUGCCGAGUCUGAAGGACUGGUUUGAGGGAACGUUUGGAGCCAAUCUGAAGCACAGAUCUCCUGCUACACCCAGUCUGAAUUUGAGCGCGGUCGCUCCUCCUAACCUGAACCAGCCCUUCAUGGAGGAUCUGAAAGCAGCGGGUCUGUCCGUGUCACAUGACCCAGAGGACCGGGUUUUCCGAGCUCAUGGUCACUGCCUGCAUGAGGUCUUUGCCCUGCGCGAGGGGAGGAUAGGACGGGUUCCUGAUAUGGUGAUCUGGCCGAGCUGUCACAAUGAUGUGGAGAAGAUUGUGGAACUGGCCUGCAAACACAACGUCUGCUUGAUACCAUAUGGAGGUGGGACGAGUGUGUCCAGUGCACUAGAGUGCCCUCGUGAGGAGACUCGCUCCAUUGUUUCUUUGGACACAUCUCAGAUGAACCGGAUAUUGUGGAUUGAUGAGAAGAAUCUAACCGCUCAUGUGGAGGCUGGGAUCAUCGGACAGGAUCUGGAGAGACAGCUGAAUGAGCGCGGUUACUGUACGGGCCAUGAGCCGGACUCCAUGGAGUUCAGUUCUCUGGGCGGCUGGGUGGCCACACGGGCGUCAGGCAUGAAGAAAAACAUCUACGGCAACAUUGAGGACCUGGUGGUGCAUAUAAAGAUGGUGACCCCUAGAGGAGUGAUUGAGAAGAGCUGUCUGGGGCCCCGCAUGUCCACCGGCCCCGACAUACAUCACUUCAUACUGGGCUCAGAGGGGACUCUGGGAGUGGUGACUGAAGUGACUCUGAAGAUCCGACCCGUUCCUGAGUAUCAGAAGUACGGCUCUGUUGUCUUCCCAAACUUCCAGCAGGGUGUUGCGUGCCUGAGAGAGGUGGCCAGACAGAGAUGCGCUCCAGCAUCCAUUCGGCUAAUGGACAACGAGCAAUUUCAGUUUGGUCAUGCUCUCAAGCCACAAGUGUCCUCCAUGUUCACAUCAUUCCUGGACGGCUUGAAAAAAUUCUACAUCACAAAGUUUAAAGGCUUCGACCCGCACCACCUGUGUGUCGCCACGCUGUUAUUCGAAGGGGAUCGUGGGAAGGUUUUACAGCAUGAGAAACAGGUUUACGACAUCGCAGCCAAAUUCGGGGGUCUGGCAGCAGGAGAGGAUAACGGUCAGAGGGGUUACAUGCUGACGUUUGUCAUCGCGUAUCUGCGGGAUUUGGGAAUGGACUACUAUGUGAUUGGAGAGUCGUUUGAGACAUCUGUGCCUUGGGACAGGAUUUUGGACUUGUGCAGGAAUGUGAAGGAGCGGAUUGUAAGAGAGUGUAAGGAGAGAGGAGUACAGUUCCCUCCGCUCUCCACAUGCAGAGUUACACAGACGUAUGAUGCAGGUGCUUGUGUGUAUUUCUAUUUUGCCUUUAAUUACCGGGGUCUGAGUGAUCCAGUUCACAUCUAUGAACAAGUGGAGCAUGCAGCCCGGGAGGAGAUUCUAGCCAACGGAGGAAGUCUGUCACACCACCACGGAGUGGGAAAACUCCGGAAGGAAUGGAUGAAAGAGAGCGUGUCCGGCGUGGGGCUCGGCGUGCUCAAGUCGGUGAAGGAGUAUGUGGACCCUCAGAACAUUUUUGGCAACAGAAACCUGUUGUAAUUCACUAACACACACUGUAUUCAUGUUUUCUAUUAUCUUCGUUAAAUUUUGAUUUAAACUUCAUAUUCCUGUGUUUCCUGGUGUGUGUGCGCCCAGUAAAACCAUUCUUCUGUUUCCCAUUAA